AUGGGUAGCGGGUAUAAAAACGCAGAUGAGGCUCGGUACCCAAACACUGGGAUGAAGAUCUUCAACGCGAUCAUAGAGACCUUCGAUGAUGCCACCGAUUUUCUCGACAGCGGACAUUUGCAGCAUUUCAACAUUAAUACUCCUUCGGGAUACAAGAAUAUCUCCGCUGCCAAGCACACGCCAGAGACAACAUCGACGGUGGCAACAGCCUUGACCUUGCCCACCGUUGCGAAGGGCGGUGCUACAGCGAAGGCAGCCAAGCGGCAAGGCUCGGUAGCAGCCGCGUCGCCAGCCAAGCGAAUAUGGCGCGUCAAGCCCAUGGGCAAGUUGAAGUUGAAGUUGUACGUCAGGACAGCAGCGGCAGCUAACAGCAUCGCCAGCAAUAGCAUCGACACUAACAGCAUCGCCAGCAAUAGCAUCGACAGUAACAGCAUCGACAGCGAUGACGACAUCUUAAGCAUGUAAUUCAAUCUAUCCUCAAAAAAUCUUCAUAUUCUUCUUCUUCUAGAUUGUUUGCACUAUGACCAGGGAACAAAGCUAACAACAUCACCGAUCAAAAAGAUCACUCAAUGCUGAAGCACAGCAAAGGGAACAGAGUCCGGGACACAUUUCGGAGGCCGGCAACGAUGCAGAGUUGCCGCGAUAUGUCCAGAACUAUGCGGAUGCACUACGUCUGCUGAAGCCAAUCGAGGAUUUCGCUUUGCUUGAGGAGAAUUAUCGUG